AUGACGACGCCCCCGACGCUGCAGCCGAAGGAGGAGAGUCCGACGUUGGGAAGCCUCUUGGAGACGACCCUCGAGCACCUCAAUACGACCUUCAGCCUGGACGGAAACGACUUCGAGAAUGCCUCCCGAGGAUCGGACUGGCCAGGUCACAACGAAACGGAUGACUCUGCCAGGGAGAGCACGGUCGUCCGGCAUCUGUUAACCGUCUACCAGGUCCUCAUCACCAUCUUAUACGUCUUCGGCAUCGUGGGGAACAUCUCGGCACUCUAUUUUAUCAAGAAGAGUGAGACGCAGAGAAACCGGAAGCAGACGCUGAUGCUCCGGUGCCUGGCCCUAAACGACCUGGUGGCACUCCUAGGCUCCUUCGUCCUCAUGAACAUGCACCUGUACCUCCCAGUGGCCAACAGCCGGUGGUUCUGCAUGCUGCGGGUCAUAUGGAGGGCGUUCGGUCUCGGCUCCGGCUGCGUGGCUUUGGUUAUGGCCGUCGAGCGCUGGCUUUCCCUCACUCACCCGUUUACUUAUCAGAGGCACGUCACCCACACCGUCAUCCGGAGAUCCAUCAUGGGCUUGUGGGCUUUCAACCUCCUGCUGGUGUUCGCGCCCUUCUUCGGCUUCGGUCUCUGGUACGAUGAAAACGCCGAGGGCUUGACUGCCUGCGUCCGGUACCGCUUCGGCACCUCCGUCGUCGACCGCUCCUACGCCUACCUCGUCUUCGCCUUCGGCAUGAUCAUGUGUUGCGUCAUAGUCUGUUGCAACAUGGCCGUCAUCCGGGUCUUGUGCAUGAUGCGGGAGCGCCUUAUGCCCCGUCGCCACUCCAGGACGUCAUGCAGAAGCACCUCCUCCACCUCGGACUCGAAAAUGAACCAUGCAACUAUCGAGGAACUGUCCUUUGCGCGUCUUAUGGCUGUGCUCUCAAUCCUCUUCGUCAUCUGCUGGGUCCCUCAGCUGCUGACGAUCGUGGUGGCUCAGCUUCACGGUUCAGACCCGAAGUUCAAUAGUAUGUAUCGUAUUGCUGACGUCUUUAUCGCACUCAACUUCACACUUGAUCCGUAAGUCACCCGUGAAUUGGUAUCUUUUCAUUUCUCUCUCUCUCUCUCUCUCUCU